GCCUGUUAGCAGCGAGCGAGAGGCUCUCUGCCGUUCGGCGCGCGGGCUCCCGGCGGGGCCAGGCAAACUUUUCUUUCUCUUUUGCCCUCUCCAGAGGCGCCUUCUGCGGCAGGCGGACCGACUCCUCGGCGCGGCGGGGCUGGGGCAAGCUGGACGCAGCAUGAUGCGCGCAGUGUGGGAGGCGCUGGCGGCGCUGGCGGCAGUGGCGUGCCUGGUGGGCGCGGUGCGCGGCGGGCCGGGGCUGAGCAUGUUUGCAGGCCAGGCGGCUCAGCCCGACCCCUGUUCGGACGAGAACAGCCACCCGCGCCGCUGCAUCCCGGACUUUGUCAAUGCAGCCUUCGGCAAGGACGUGCGCGUGUCCAGCACCUGCGGCCGGCCGCCGGCGCGCUACUGCGUGGUGAGCGAGCGCGGCGAAGAGCGGCUGCGCUCGUGCCAUCUCUGCAACGCGUCGGACCCCAAGAAGGCGCACCCGCCCGCCUUCCUCACCGACCUCAACAACCCGCACAACUUGACGUGCUGGCAGUCGGAGAAUUACCUGCAAUUCCCACAUAACGUCACACUCACACUGUCGCUCGGCAAGAAGUUCGAGGUGACCUACGUGAGCCUGCAGUUCUGCUCACCACGGCCAGAGUCCAUGGCCAUCUACAAGUCCAUGGACUACGGGCGCACGUGGGUCCCCUUCCAGUUCUACUCCACGCAGUGCCGCAAGAUGUACAACAGGCCACACCGCGCGCCCAUCACCAAGCAGAACGAGCAGGAGGCCGUGUGCACCGACUCUCACACCGACAUGCGCCCGCUUUCGGGCGGCCUCAUUGCCUUCAGCACUCUGGACGGGCGGCCCUCGGCGCACGACUUCGACAACUCGCCAGUGCUGCAGGACUGGGUCACGGCCACUGACAUCCGUGUGGCCUUUAGCCGCUUGCACACGUUCGGCGACGAGAACGAGGACGACUCGGAGCUGGCGCGAGACUCGUACUUUUACGCGGUGUCCGACCUGCAGGUGGGCGGCCGCUGCAAGUGCAACGGCCACGCGGCUCGCUGCGUGCGCGACCGCGACGACAGCCUGGUGUGCGACUGCAGGCACAACACUGCCGGCCCGGAAUGCGACCGCUGCAAACCCUUCCACUACGACCGACCCUGGCAACGCGCCACGGCCCGCGAGGCCAACGAGUGCGUGGGUGAGUGGGGUGCGGAGGCGAAGCCGGCGGCAGACCGGGACGCGGGCGGCGGCGGUGGCACCCGAGGAUAGCCCGCUGCUGGGAUGUGGUGGGAACAGUGGGAGGCGCGUUCCGGGAUGCCCAGGACCGGGGAGGGCUGAGAGCAGGUCCACUAGCUUGCGUGGCGCUCGUUGUGAAUGCACAGGUUUGCACCCAGUGCUCUCUGCAGAGGCAAGAAGCCGCGGGAGAAUAUGCUGUUGGGAGGGGGUUUUGCAGAAAAUUCGUGGAGAGGGUUUCCCUAACCCUGAUGCAAACACAUUCAUUUUCUUCCCUUCAGUUUGACUGGACCUUGUGAUUCACCUCCGCUCCACCCCCCUUCCUAAGGCUGCAGCUGGGCGCGCAGUUGGGGACCCCAGCUCAGUUCCUGGGAAGUUCCAGCUUCACAACCCCAAUCCCUUGGGAGAUGGCAAAGAACUAUUUGCAGUUUGGGGCUAGUUUAGUACCCGACGAAUGUUGCUUCUGCGCUCUCCAUUUGUCUUUUUAUGGUUUGAAAAAAAGUUUUUUUUUUCUCUUUUGAACAGCGUGUUUGUGUUAGCAAAAGAAGAGUGAUGUGAUUUCAAUUAAUUACUAUCUACAGAUUACAAAGGAGAGUUCAGUAAUUAUUUUAAACUAAUUCAAUCCUGAUCUAAAAAAGUAUACCAGGUUUUUUUGUUAGCUUCAGGGUUUG